GCUCUUAUGUAAAUUAUCACAUCUCUUCUGCGAGUUAUUUUUGUUUCUACGAAGAAAAAAGAAGAAGAAGAAGAAACAACAAAAAUGGCUUCUCAGAGUUCUUCACUUUUUCUGGUUAUCUUCUUCAUCUUCAUCUACGCUUCUUCAAUUCCAUCCUCUAUUCUCGCCAGAGCACAUGAACAUGACGGAGAUGAAGAGAUCAGAAGCGUUGGGCGUAGAUUCCUUCUAGGUUUCAAAGAAACUCCAAAAGGAAGUAAUAUCACCUUCGCUUGUUCUCCUUCAGGUCCUUGUGUCUCUUGCAAUUCCUCCGAAAAGAGAAAAGAGAAGUAUCGUUGCAGUGAAACUGGUUAUCGUAUUCCUUUCAAAUGUAAAGAGGUUAGAGAAGAAGUGGAUGCACAUAAGAAAAAUGGAGAAGAAGAAACACAAAAUGAUCAAUCGAAUAACAAUGACGAAGAAGCGAAAACAAGGAAUCUGUUGGAUGAUUCAUCACCGGCGACGAAAGUGAAGUCUCAGUCUUACAAAACUUAUAGAAGCUGUGUGCCAUCUGCAGACGAAGAGAAGUUAUCAGUUCUUGGUUUUGAGUCGAUUAUGCUAGGACUGUUUCUGUUAAGCGGAGCUGCUAUUUACAUCAGAAAGAGACAGACGGUACCGAUGCUUGGGGUAUCAUCAAGUGGAAGAUUGCAAGGCAAUUCUCGGUUUUGAAAGAACCAUUUCUCGGUAUGUAAAAGCUUUCAUCUGCUCACUCAGAAACAGAUUUAACAUUUGUCAUUGUCUGUUGAAAGAUGAGAUAUGUUUGAGUGUAUAGAAUAGCUUUAGGGGGACUUCAUAUAAUUGGGACUACUUGUUUCAUAUAUGGCAACCAUGUUUGGCUUUGAUGAUGUAACUUUGCUUAUCGUCUCUGAACUUUAGAGAAAGCAUCGAUUACGGUGAAACGAUGUCCUCACUUACCUUUAGUAGUUUGGUAUAUAGUAUGAUUGCUUGGUCUUGAACCUCGGUGAUGAGCUUGCUGGUAGGAAGAGGUUAGUACAACUGUGCAAUAGACUAGUUAAAGUAAGUAACGUAUCAUUCUUGAGUCCAACAGGUCCAACAGAAACCUUACACUUAUCAAUGUGCCUAAGAAAUGUGGACCACGGUCAACGACAAACGAAGAUACUAUGAAGGAUAGUGUCGCACCGUCAAAACUAAUUUGCAGUGAGUAGAAGUAUUAAACCAAAUCCAACAAGUGACGUUGCAUGUAAAAACGGUUGUAAAAAGUUGAUUUAGUUUAUAAAAAACGUAUCUUCAGCAUACAGUUUAUCGUUAAAUUUAAAAGUAAUUAUAUGUAAAUUGCGAGCGAUGAUAGAAAUAGAUUAUAUAACGUAUAGUAAUCAACAACUCUUGUAAAUUC